UCAAAACAAUGACAACGUCGCGUGCUUGUUUUGCAUAUUUCUUGUACCAUAUAAUUUUAUUUAGUCGUGGAAGAGAGUAAAGAUAUGUCGAACUCAAUUGCAACUCAUUACACAAGUUCAAAAGCAGCAGUUCACAAUGAAAAAUACGUUCGUUGUAUACUUUACAUUGGUAUUGAUUUCUGUUAUCUUUUUCCUUCUUGUAAACCAAAUAUAUCUUUUUGAAAACAAAGGUGAAAUAAUUUCAAGAUAUAUUAUGAAAGAAUACCUCAAGAAAAAACAAGACAAUCAAAAUAAUAAAGAUUCAUUAAUCUUAAAAGUUGUAAAGAGUUUAGAGCAGCCUUUCACAAACACAGAUCUAAGCCACAUAUUCAAAGGUGAUUUAUUUGAUAAUCGAUCUUGGGAAUUUGAUUUAAGUGGACUCUCUGCUCGAAGAUUUGGUCAAAGUUAUGUUGAACAAACAAGCUUCGAUGCAAACGGUCGAAACACCGACUUCUAUAAUCCAGUUGGAUUUUACAAAGAUGGGCUUUUGCUGUUCGAAGAUAAUGGACCUGGAAUUUUUCAUAGGUUGCUUUGGUUUCAUCGCGCUGACCUAAAAAUAAACAUGGAUUAUGUCUCGUUUGAGGUUGAUGGUAAAGAAGUAAAAGAAUUACCUGUCAUUUUUGAAGCUAAUGAAACAUUACCAUUUCUUGAACCGUUCAUUAGAGUAAAUAAUGUAAGUGAGUUUGGUGGAUUUUAUCUUACUUUUCCUAUUGCUUACUCGACAUCAUUUCGCGUUAUUAUAAGAUGGCAAGGAAGCCAAAAUAUUGAUACCGAGCAAGCUUGGACCCAGUCAAUCUCGUGUCGUGUCAAUGGUACUUACUGUGAUAUAUCGGGUUAUUAUGCCGUUACAACGAACAAAUUGACAAAUGAACGGAAACUUAAGAGUCUGUUCAAUGAGUAUUUUCUUAAAGAAAAGGUUUUGUCAAAUUAUAUACAAGACGCUACAACAGCUUUCUCAAAAAUGGCUAGAGAACCAGAAAAUUUUGCGCCUGGUCUUCGAUCCCAAUGCUCUCUUUCCUGUCACAAAGUCGAACCAAAUGAGGAAAUAAUAAUUUAUCAUGCUCACCAUAGUGCGAUGAUAAUUGAAUCAAUGCGCCUUCGCAUUUAUGAUAAGAUAAAUAACAUGAUAAAAAUUUCCGAAAAUUGGAGAAGAAUUCUCAUAACAAUGCAAUGGGACGAUAAAGAACCUCAAGUGAAAGAUAUUCCUUUAGCUGGGAUAUUCAUUACUGGACUAGACUUUCUUCGCGAAGUAAAAAGUCUCACAACUGGUUUAAGAUAUAUGACAUGUAGUGUAGAAGGGGAUUAUGCAUCGCAAAUGGAACUGUAUGAUUGGACUGCUUAUUUAUAUUAUGAAAUGCCAUUUUGGAAGUCUGCAAAAAUAAGCGUAAAAAUACCUCAUGGAUUUGAUUCUGCGAUAGUUUGCUCUCAACUCUCAACGAAAACUCUGAGUGAAGAGAAAUACCAUCACAGUUUAACUGGCUACUUUAGUGCACAGGUGAAUCAGCAAGGGUUCGAUUACAGCCAUCAUAAAAAUAUUUUUCAUUUGGAAAAACAAUGGGGUCAUGUUGUUGCCGUUAACUUUUUCUUGAGAAAUGACAAAAUAGCAAGUACCCAUGAACUUGACGUUAUUAUUGAAACAAACGAUGCAAUAGCGCCAAUAUUUCCAGGAACUGGAUUAGAGGAUUUUUUUCACUAUGUUCACGAUUUCCAUGCAAACAAAAAUAGGACAUCGCUCUUCAAUGGUGCACCAUACUACUUUAGAAAGCGCCGAUUUCGCAUUUUAAGGUGCUUUCGUCAUAACACCUUGGAUCCAAUCAUAUUUACUACCGGUAUUCGAAUUUAUCUAGAAUCAAGAUUUGAUCGAUCAAAAAGCGCAAAUUAUCGAAAUUUUAUGAAUUCUUCAUUGUCGUUUAGUCAAAAGAUUUUACGAGACUCGUUGUUUACGGUGACUUUAUACUACGGUAAUAAAGGUUCUGGUGGUGUAUAUAGCGAUGUUUUAAACUACCAUGAAAGAAAUAACACCUUAUCUAAAAGAUUGCAUUUUUCACCACAACAAGUGCGAACGUUUGCAAUUCAAAGUAUGUAUGAAGAUCAACCGGGAAUGCUAUUUGACAAAAUGGUUGUUUCGAUGGAACCAGGACAGAAAGUAGUACAUACGCUCAAAAUCUUACCAAAAAAUGUUGGUAUAAUACUUCGUCGAGAAUAUCAUUCGAUGGUACCUAAUCAAAAAGCUAAAGUAUCUAUUGACGGAGAUGAAGCAGGUGUAUGGUUUUGCCCUCAGAGAGCCAUAAAAAAGAUGUUGUCCUUGCGUUUUAAUGAUCAUCUUCUUCCAUUAUCUCACACUUUUGGCAAAAGUUCGAUUGAAGUUACUUUGACUGCAAUAACGCGAUGGGAAACAAUUGCAAUACAAGUUCUUUCGGUUCUCCUAAAUGAUUAGUACCUGAUCAAUGCAUGUACAAUCAAGUACAAAAUGCAUGAAAAAAAUGUGACUUACAGUGGUAUGAAUGUAAAACUAUUUGUCUUAUUGUAUAUCAUCAGGGCCCUCCUUAAAACGUUGAUUGGGGGGUUGGCGUUUCUUUAUGUAUUCAAUUAUCUCCGAGUGAUUUGUUUUGAAAAGAAAUUCAUUUAUAAAAUAAACGUUCAAAAGUAAACUUUGUAUGCCAUAUUCAUUAAAAUUUCUGGAUUGGCUGGAAAAACAUCAUAAAUGUGCUUGAAUAAGAGAGAUCUAGAUCCAAAUUGGACAGUGAGGCUGCAGGAAGUUGAGAUAAAGAAGGUACGGAUUUUUAUAUACUUAGUAUCAGCAGUGAAAAGAGGUAGUGAAUGUUAAAAAGAGCCUUUAAACAUAUGAAGAUACAGGGAAUCGGAUGAAGAGAAAGAGAAGAAGCACAAAUGUGUGAAAAGAGAGAAGAAGAAAAAAUGAAGGGCAAUAAUGGUUUACCAAAAAGUGGUGAGACCAGCAAUAUCAAAUGGUUCGAGACAAUAUUUAACGAGGGAAAAGAUAGGAGACACAGCAAGAGGUUGCAGAGAUGAACACGCUGCAAGGUUGUCUUUAGGAGUAACAUAGUUUGACAAAAUUAGGAAUGAAAAUAUAAGAGGUGCAGUUUUAAAAAAAGAGCCAGAGAGGCCUGGUUUAAAUGUUUCGGACUUAUAGAGAGAAGAGACAAUGGGUACAUUGGAAGAGCAAAGAGGAGAUAUAUGGAUUUACUCAGAGGACAUGAAGUUGUGUAGUUUAUUGAAAAAAGAUACGUUAGUUUCAAUCGUUUACGCACAGAAAACACAACAAUUUAUCUAGCCCUGUUGCAUAUCAAGUUUUGUAAAAAUACAACGCUUAGCGAGCAAAAUUAUACACUGCUAUGUGAAAUUCUUUAUUCUCCUAUCAAUAUCAUCAUCUUCCAAUUUGGGUUUGAAAUGCGAAUGAAGCUGUCUGCUUUAAUUCUUUUCGAAAUCAAAAUAAAAAGUUAAAUUAUUUUUUUUUGACAUGCAGGCCAGCAAUGCGGCCGUCAACAUUGCUACGUUUCAAUUGAAAUGAUGAGUACAAGCCAUUACACCUUCUGCACAGAACGUUUAGUGCAAAAUAAGCAUUGAUUAAAAAUGUUGUUUUGGUGAUUCACAACUAUUGAUAAUAAUGGCUUAAAAUAUACUAUGUACUAAACUAUUCUUUGUUUAGUGUUAUUCUUGUAAUUAUUUGCUCUAGAACUUUAAUGUAAAUUUCAAAAAUAUCUUGGGUCAUUUUCAGACCCAGUGUAAUGAUAGCUAAUUUGGUACACGAAGCACAGGACAAUGGAUGGAUAAUAUUUUUAAAAAUCGAAAUGCUUUUUUAUAUGCCUCAAAUUAAAACAUUGAUAAGUGCCUAUUUUGUGAGUUGUAAUUUGCAUAAUGCAAAAUAAAACCUUUUAAAUUUGUAAA